CAUGAAGCAUUCCAAUCAUGAUUGGUUGGUAACAGAUCAAAGCGAUAAGAGGAAACUAACGUCAAAGAGAAAGUACUCUGCACUUCAAACACCGGAGUAUCAUGAGCCAGUCAUGCCAACGUGCAAAUAAAUUAUGUAGGCUUCAGAGUUUUUAUUGCUAAACCCUGAAGCAGGGCUACAGUAUCCGAAGACUAUUUUCCGAAUGCCGGAUUCCAGCUAAAGUGGAGGUUGAUUAGAAAGCCCUUGGGUUUAUUUAUCCAACUGGUUCUGCGAAGUCAAUGAGUUCACUACUGAGGCCCAAACUUUUGCGUACAGUAAUGUCUUACGCAUGACUAUGCAAGUAAAUUACUGGAUGGAAAUGGUUAGAAGGUUAAGUUGCAAAGCAAAGACGAUACCAGAUUCGACCUCAAUGCUAAUUAGGUGAAGGCAACAAACGGUAUGGUCAGUCCUAAAGUGGAUCAUGCGGACCCAUCGCCAUAGAAGGUGGCCGGUCUUGUGGGGGUUCCAGACAGACGGGCGAGGUUUGGCACGUGAUCAUUGGUCGGGGCCCUCGCGGUCAAGGCUUCGAGAACAUGAACAGCCGUUGAAUAGCGACACCUGCAGUCGGUAGUAUUCGAGUCGUACCUGUAAGUGGCGAAGUCACAUCGAGCCCUUCUGACGAACAUCAAGCCUGGAGAUUAGGACAGACGAUUCUCCGCGCGGAAUCUUCUCAAGCUUUGAGAGAAAGACGGGGAAGUAAAACACGAAGACGACGACGAGAGUGCAUCGGAAGGGUCUUAGUUGGAUUGAUUGCUGUGAGCCUGAGUCCUGCGCCUGCUGCUGCCCGGACGACAGUGUUUCUGGGCUUUAGUCGAGAGUUUGAGAAGCGGGAGUGGCGGAGGAAAGAUAUCUCGUGCAGUUUGGUCGCUGAGGAGGAGUCGCGAUUGUUCUCAAGUGGUGUUGGUUUGGUGAAACGAACGCAGAGGACUGAAGAUCGUCGAGCACGAAGAAGGGCAGUGUUGGGUCGUCGUGGAGUGAAGAUGAUUGAAGAAUGGCGGACUGUGGGCAUGGUUCUCGCGGUUGUGGUGUUCAUUUUUCUCUUUCGGAGAGUCGGAUCGACGAUGCAAAAGCGCCUGCGAGGUCGUCGCGCCCAUCUCAAUCAGGCUCGUCGUCAUUUUGUGAAAGCGGCCACUAGCGUGGCCCAGUCAAGAAAUUCGAGAAUGUCAGCCGGCGAAGCUCGAUCUCUAGCAGGAACUGCUCUUCAAGAAGCUGAUCUUGCCAUCGAACUAGACCCGAAUGAUGCUGCAGUGUAUAUAGUCAAGAGUCUUGCCUUAGAGGGUUUGGGCAAAACUGCAGCUGCUGUGAAAGUUUUGGACAUUGCCCUUUCGGACAAGAUGAAAAAAACUUUAUCAAAGGAAGAAAGGGCUGACACAUUGGCGAAGAGGGCAGAGUUGCUGUUGGGGCAGGCGAAGGGGAAAAGAGACAGGUUGAUCGAUGAUGCACUUGUUGACUUGAAGGAGUCGGUGAGACUAAGUGACAAAAAUUCCAGAGUGUUUCUUCUGCUGGGCACCUGCUACGAAAAGAGUGGAGCUAUUGAGCAAGCAAAAGAUGCAUACAAACAAUCUCUCCUGUUGAACCCGUCACCUCCCGAUGCCAAAGCAGCUGUCGAAAGGAUCGAGAGACUUAACACCAGCGACUAGUCUUUCUCAAUCCUUACUCUCGAAGUUCUAUACUAGAUAUGUCCGAACUAGUUGUAAUGGUGAAUUUGAGGACUCCAACACCAAAAUUGCUGUCCUGGAGUACUUCAGAAUGCCAUUGUGUAUAAACUUCUGCCCAAACGAAGUGAACAGUCAGAACAGAGGCAAAGUAGACUUGAUGGGAAAUUUUCAAUUGUCUACAUUCAGUUGUAGUGAGUUUUCCAGUUAGAACGUCAAGAGUAGCAAAACGGCUGCAUGGAAGUAGGACCUAAAUAGCUCCUUUGAGGAAAAACUGGUUGAUCCCUAGAUCUGCACUUCCAUCUCUGGCUGACAAAGCCUUUCACUUCGGAGGACGAUAUACUCCAUGUACUACGAGAUGCUAUAGUUGUAGCUUUAAUUCUCACUUUCUUCUCACAUGUACCAACGCGCACACCUCUCUUUUCCUUGUUACACUACUCUGGCCUCCCCACACCAGUCCAGUGCGAGCUAACACCUUUGUUGUUGGCGCUAGACUGGAUGAAAUUUACAUUAUGCUUAAUUUUA